AUGACUGUUCACGGCGUCGAAUCAGAGCCUAUUGGCACAUUCCCUUCCAGCGGGCUGGAUGUCCUCGUGGUUGGUACUGGUCUGGCAGGCCUGACUGCUGCCAUUGAGUGUAUCCGAAAGGGCCACAAUGUGCGUGUUUUGGAGCGAGCAGCCUCCAUCAAUACCUUGGGUGACAUGUACUUCAUGGGUCUCCCAGCAACCAGGUUCUUCAAGCAUUGGCCUGAGAUGAAGGCCGAGUACGACUCGAUCGGUCUGCACAAUGCCUGGAUCGAAACUUUCAAGCACUCUGGCGAGCAGGUCGUCAAGCCAUUGUACGUCAAUGAGCGUCUAAAGGCUGCUGGCCUUGACCCAAAGACUCCUCCAGGAACUUUCCAGCUUCGCCCUUUGAUCUACAGAAUGUUCGUGAAGCAGGUGGAAAGACUCGGUGUGAAGAUCGAGUUCAAUACCAGAGUGGUGGACUACUUUGAGGAUGAGGCUACUGGCAAGGGUGGGUGCAUAGCUCAGGAUGGCACCCGGUAUGAGGCAGAUGUCGUCAUUGCUGCGGAUGGUGUUGGAUCGAAGUCUCAGAAGCUCGUUGGAGGACAAGUGCGUGCUCAGUCCUCGGGACGUGCUAUGUGGCGUGCUGCAUUCCCGAUCGAGAACUUGGACAAGGAUCCUGAGGUCAAGGAGCAUUACAAGAUGAUCGGGCCGGACAACAGCGAGCCGAUUGUGCGAACCUAUUUGGGUCCCGGUACAUACGCCAUGACUUUGACCCGACCGGAGACUAUGAUAUGGAUCAUCAACCACAACGCCACUGGUAGCUCGGCUGAGAACUGGAGCAACACGAUCGAGCCAAAGGAAGUGUUGGAUGAGAUGGACAACGGUGUAGGACCAAACCCAUGGGCGCCCAUGAUGAAGCGUCUGAUUGCCUGUACACCGGAGAAGACCAUCGUCAACUUCGAGCUUCUCUGGAGAGACCCUCAGCCUAGCUGGAAGUCGCCGAACGGACGUGUGGUCCAAAUUGGAGACGCUGCACACUCUUUCUUGCCUGCUUCUGGUAACGGUGCAACACAAGCCAUCGAGGACGCCGUGUCACUCGCUGCUUGCUUGCACCUCGCAGGGAGCAAGGAAAAGAUCCCAGAGGCUGUGAAUGCUCACAUUCGAUUCCGCUUCAUCCGAAACGCUUGCGCUCAAAAGGUCGGCUUCUCGAACGCUGAGCUCCUCCAGGACACCGAUUGGAGCAAGGUCAAGUUCGACCCGAGAAAGGCGCAGCCCAAGCACCCAAAGUGGGUGUGGGAGCACGACCCAGAGGUGUACACAUACGAGAACUAUGCCAAGAACGUGGAGACCAUGAACAAGGGCAUUCGCUUUGACGAGUCAGACAUCCCGCCGAACUUCCCGCCAGGCUACAAGUAUGAGCCGUGGACUAUUGAGUGGGUGAUGGACUGCAUGAAGAAGGGUGAGCCAAUUAAUCUUGGCCCAGGGAAUUGGGAUUAG